GGGGCUGUCGGCUCUCGGGUGCGCGCGCGAGGCGAAGCCAAGCCACGCGCGGGACGCAGCGGCUUUGCCGGGCGGCGACGCAAAGCCAAGCGGCGCACAGGACACGGCGGCGGCGAGCACGCGCGAGGCGCGGCCAGGCAAUUGCAUUUCCUCGCUCGCCGGUAAAGCCACCAAACCCCUGCUGCUGGCCAUCUGAUGAUGAAAUGGUGGGUCCAAGCCUACUUGUAAAAAAAGAAAUUAAGCCCGUCUCAGUUCUCACUCUUCCUCUGCAACGCGUUCCUCUCCUUCCCUGCCACGCCACGCCAUCACCGCGGCGGAGGCGACCGCCGCUGAACCGCUCAGCCCUCUCCGGCCGGCCACCGCGUGCCUCGUCGUGGCUCCGCAGUGACUCCGGCGAUCGGUCCCUCGCUGGCGCUGCCGCGCACGGCUCGACAGGAGUAGGAGGUGCCCCCUGGUUGCGGGUUGGGGGCGUGAAGGAUGAGCGGGAGGAAGAAUGCCGGGAGGACCUCCCCCUGGAUGCUCAUCCUCAUCUCCCUAGUAUGCUUCUUCGCGACCUACAACUUCCUCACGAUGCCAGGCAGGGGUCGGGACGGGCCGCGCAAGUUCCUCGGCGGCGGCGGGGAUCGGGACUCGGCUGUCUCGUACUGGUCGGGCUCUGGCUCCGACCCGUCGAAGCGGUUCCACGUCGCGCUGACGGCGACGGACGCGCUUUACAGCCAGUGGCAGUCCCGGAUAAUGCACUAUUGGUACAAGGAGAUGAGGGCCCGGCCUGGGUCCGACAUGGGCGGCUUCACAAGGAUCCUUCACUCGGGGAAGCCUGAUGGAUUGAUGGAUGAGAUACCCACCAUGGUGGUUGACCCCCUUCCUGAAGGCAAGGAUAAGGGAUACAUUGUCUUGAAUAGGCCUUGGGCGUUUGUCCAGUGGCUGCAGAAAGCAAAUAUCGACGAAGACUAUAUACUAAUGGCGGAGCCAGAUCAUGUCUUCGUGAAGCCUUUGCCAAACUUAGCCCAUGGUGAUGAACCAGCGGCUUUUCCAUUUUUCUACAUCAAACCAACUGAGAACGAGAAGAUAUUGAGGAAGUUCUUUCCAGAAGAAAAAGGACCUGUCUCAAAAAUCGAUCCUAUUGGCAACUCUCCGGUUAUAAUCAAGAAGGCUCAACUUGAGAAGAUUGCUCCAACCUGGAUGAAUGUUUCAUUAAAAAUGAAAGAGGAUCAGGAGACAGACAAAGCAUUCGGAUGGGUCCUGGAAAUGUAUGCAUAUGCUGUUGCUAGUGCACUGCACAGUGUGCACCAUAGUCUCCGUAAAGAUUUUAUGAUUCAGCCUCCUUGGGAUCUAAAAUCAGACAACACAUUCAUCAUCCAUUACACAUAUGGAUGCGAUUAUUCGAUGAAGGGUGAGCUAACUUAUGGGAAAAUUGGCGAGUGGCGUUUUGACAAAAGAUCUUACCUUCAAUCACCACCACCAAGAAAUCUUUCACUACCCCCUCCAGGAGUUCCUGAAAGUGUGGUCACCCUUGUGAAGAUGGUCAACGAGGCCACUGCAAACAUUCCAGGGUGGGAGGACGAAAGAUAACUGAUGGUUUUGCUGUGUUGUAGCUUAUUUCAGCUUCCAGCUAGUACGGUCUUUUUUGGAAAACAUGGAAGAGUACCACUGGCCAAUUAAAGAAGAGCAUUCAAUUUCAUAUUUUAAGUGUAGGGCUGGCCAAUUUUCUACGGUUUAACAUAGGUUAGUGUUUGGGAAGAAAAAGGUAUAUUCACUUCGAUCUAGCGAGUCGCAUCAUUUUUGUAUUGUAAAGCAGAAAUAUAGGCUUUUGGUUACUCUUGGUUCAUUUGGCCAUGUUGUAAAACGGAGAUGUAGUUUAGAAUCCUCCAAUGCAUACCAUGAGAGGUCUGUAAAAGGUCAUCUUGGGAAAAAUUCUGCUGGGUGCUGGCAACAGCCUACUGAGUGUUACCACUGGAAACCACCAAAAGCUUUCAGAAAUAAUCUAAUAUACUGUGAUAUGCUGUUGCAUACAAAUAGUUGAU